AUGAGUUUGUUUUAUUGAGUAGCAGAUGUCCAACUCGGGCUGUACUCUAUUAUAAGGUCAGUAGACCCGUUUAGGUUAGAAAAUACAUUUUGUCGUUUUCAUGUAUGUUUUCAGCAAAGGAAUGACUGAAGGUUUAGCCUCUGCUGCCUAACUUAACUAACACCAAUGACUCAACACGAAAAUUUAUGACAGAAGUGUCAAAACUGUCAUAACCUGUCGAUUCACGCCUUAUUUGGUCGUCAUGCUCACCUGUAGACCACGCCCAUCUCCGGAUCAUGAAUAAAACCAAACCAACAGCAGCGUUAAUGAGGACUCUCACUUUAGCUGGAGCCUCAGACUUUAGACUGAAGAAUACAGUGCUAGGCUGACAGCUGACUUACAAUGAUUGACCUCCCAUCUCUGUCUGUGACCUGGACCCUGGUGCUUCUGGUCAUAACUCUCCUGUAUAUUUACGGUGUUUGGCCACAUAGAUUUUUUAAGAAACUGGGAAUCCCAGGACCAAGGCCUUGGCCUUUCUUUGGCACACUUCUCUCAUACACUAAAGGUGUGUGCAAUUUCGAUAUGGAGUGUGCUAAGAAGUAUGGAAAAGUUUGGGGGAUCUAUGAUGGAAGGCUCCCAAUAUUAAUGGUCACUGACCUGGAAAUGAUCAAAGUGAUUUUGGUGAAAGAAUGUUAUUCUAACUUCAUUAACAGAAGGAAAACAACUACAGGUCUUGCUGGCCCCUUUGCUGAUGGCAUAAUUAUGGUUAAAGAUGAGAGAUGGAAGAGAAUGCGUAGUACACUCUCCCCGUAUUUCACCAGUGGUCGACUGAAGGAGAUAUUUCCCAUAGCUGUGACACAUGCAGAUUGUUUUAUUAAAAAUAUGCAAAAGAAAGACCACGAGAAGCCAGUUAAAGUAAAAGAAGUUGUGGGUCCGUACAGUUUGGAUGUGGUCACCAGCUCCUCCUUUAGCGUUGACAUCGACUCCAUAAACAACGCAGAUGAUCCUUUCGUUACCAACAUCAAGAAGUUUAUCCAGUUUAAUAUGUUCAAUCCUCUCCUUCUGCUAAUACUAUUGUUUCCCUCCAUUGCAAUUAUUUUGAAGAAAAUGGGGGUUACUCUUUUUUCGAAGUCAUCUAUGGAUUUUUUCUACAGUGCCGUGAAAAAGAUUAAGGAUGAGCACAACAAGGAAUCAGAUGGUCGGGUAGACUUUCUCCAGCUCAUGCUCCAGAAUCAAAUACCUGGUGAUCAUUUUGAGGACACAGAUGAGCAACCAGCAAAAGGACUAACAGACCACGAGAUUCUCUCCCAGUCCCUUGUUUUCAUUCUCGGAGGUUAUGAGACGACAAGCACCACUCUCACUUACCUCCUCUAUAAUCUUGCCACUAAUCCAGACUGCCUGGAAAAGCUGGUUGAGGAGAUUGACACAAACUUCCCUCUUGAUACUCCCAUCACAUAUGAUGCAUUGAUGAAAAUGGAUUACUUGGAAAUGGCCAUCAACGAAUCAAUGCGUCUCCUUCCCACUGCACCACGCUUAGAAAGAUCCUCUAAGAAAACUGUGGAGAUCAGUGGGGUGACCAUACCAAAGGACACUCUGGUUGGAAUUCCUGUAUAUGUUUUGUGUCGUGAUCCGCAACUCUGGGAGUCUCCUGAUGAGUUCAGACCAGAGAGGUUCAGCCCAGAAAGUAAGUCAGAGAUGAACCAGUACGCUUUCCUGCCUUUUGGACUCGGGCCUCGAAAUUGCAUUGGAGUGAGAUAUGCCCUAAUGAUCAUGAAAAUUCUUGUUGUGAAGCUGCUUCAGAACUUCAGUAUGGAAACAUGUAAAGAGACACAGAUCCCUCUAGAGAUGAAUGCCGCUUUUCAGCCGAAGGUUCCCAUUACACUGAAGUUUAUACCAAGAUCUCACAAGACAAAACAAUAAUGCAAUGCAAAACAGUUAUAUACAUUAUAUAAUUAUGAAUAAUAAGAAUUUUUAAAUAAUUUUAAUCAUGAAGACUGAAACCCAU